GUGGUACUUCCGGUCUGUAGCCGCUUUCGCUUAGAGCCGGAAGCUCCGUCGCUGAGGAUCUCAUAUUUUGGAGUCCUACUGUCUUAUAAUGAGUGACAUUUUGCCAUUAGAUGUCAUUGGUAAAAGAGUUGAAGUUAAUGGAGAAUAUGCAACAGUGCACUUUUGUGGUUCUGUUCCUCCUGUGGCAGGAAUCUGGUUAGGAGUGGAGUGGGACAAUCCUGAGAGAGGAAGGCAUGAUGGGAGCCAUGAAGGCACUAUAUAUUUUAAAUGCAGGCACCCAACAGGAGGUUCCUUUGUUCGUCCAAACAAAGUUAAUUUUGGAGUAGACUUUCUUACUGCCCUUAAGAACCGUUAUGUGCUAGAAGAUGGACCUGAUGAUGAAGGAAAAUCAUGUUCCUUAAAACUUGGAAGCAAACAAGUGCAAACUGUUGGUUUUGACCAUAUCACAAAGAAGCAGAGCCAGCUGAGAGCACUGCAAGACAUUUCCCUGUGGAAGUGUGCUGUGAGUUGUGCUGGUGAACAAGGAAGAAUUGCCGAAGCCUGCCCCAAUAUUCGAGUUAUAGAUUUGUCCAAAAACUUGUUGUCAACUUGGGAUGAAGUGGUUCUUAUUGCAGAGCAGCUCAAAGACCUGGAAGCUCUCAAUCUCAGUGAAAAUAAACUGCAGUUUCCCUCUGACUCACCAGCUACAACCAGAACAUUUUCUACUCUGAAGACUUUAGUCCUAAACAAAACGGGAAUAUCGUGGGCUGAGGUGCUGCGUUGUGCCCCUUCAUGGCCAGUCCUCGAGGAACUUUACCUCAAGUCUAACAAUAUUUCCAUUUCAGAAAGGCCAGUUAAUGUCCUGCAGAAGAUGAGGUUACUAGACCUUUCCUCUAAUCCAUCAAUUGAUGAAAGCCAGCUGUGCCUGAUAGCAUAUUUGCCCAGAUUAGAACACCUGCUCCUUUCUGACACUGGACUUUCUUCUAUACAUUUUCCAGAUGCUGGACUUGGGUGCAAAACCUCCAUGUUCCCGUCCUUGCAGUACCUCGUAGUUAAUGACAACCAGAUAUCAGAAUGGUCAUUUAUCAAUGAGCUGGAUAAAUUACAGAGCCUAGAGGCUCUGUCCUGCACUAGAAACCCGUUGACAGAAGGAAACAAGGCAAGGGAGAUCAUCAUUGCCAAGAUCGGUGAGCUGAAGACCCUCAAUAAGUGUCAGAUUCUUCCAGAGGAAAGGCGUGGAGCUGAGCUUGAUUACCGAAAAGCCUUUGGGAAUGAAUGGAAAAAGGCUGGUGGUCAUCUGGAUCCAGACAAAAACAGACCAAAUGCCGAGUUUCUCUUGGCCCAUCCUAGAUACCAGCUUCUCUGCUGCAAAUAUGGUGCACCUGAAGAUGAGGAACUCAAAACACAACAGCCAUUCAUGCUCAAAAAUCAGCUACUAACAUUGAAGAUAAAAUGCUCAAACAAACUUGAACAGCAAGCAUUAGAAAAGCAAUUGCCAGAUUCCAUGACAGUUCAAAAGGUAAAGGGACUGCUGUCACGUCUUCUCAAAGUUCCUGUGUCAGAACUUCUGUUGUCCUAUGAAAGUCCCAAGAUGCCUGGCAGAGAAAUUGAACUAGAAAAUGACCUACAGUCAUUACAGUUUUAUUCUGUGGAGAAUGGAGAUUGUCUACUGGUACGAUGGUAACAGUUCAACCAUAAGAGUUUAGUGGCUGGCAUGUAUAUACACCAGAAACAAAAACUUUGCCCUCACAAAGGAUGUAUGUUUUGUUGGAAAAAGACCAUUUGGUUAUAUAUUAAUAAAGGCUUUGAUUACUAGUG